UUAUUCAUUCUAGAGUCACCACGUGUCAAGUUGCAGAGCCAAAGCCCUAUUUAGUUCAGCGUGGAGAUUCAAGGGUUUUAGGUUUUAACAGCUUCACGCGCCUCCGACAGAGAGAACGGAGUACAACAGAACCACCGUUCUGUUCUACAAGGCCGGUUUGAGCAAUGGCGUUCUUAAAUAGAAUUGGAAAUCUACUAAAGAAUUCUGGUGUCAAGCACAUGAAUCAAGAUUUUUCUAUGUCUAGCCCCUCACUUUUCCAAGCAAUUAGAUCAAUGUCAUCUGCAAAGCUUUUUGUCGGAGGUAUUUCUUACAGCACUGAUGAUAUGAGCCUGCGGGAGGCAUUUGCUCGCUAUGGAGAAGUUCUUGAUGCCAAGGUUAUUAUGGAUCGUGAAACUGGUAGGUCAAGAGGUUUUGCCUUCAUAACCUUUGCAACAAGUGAGGAUGCAUCUUCUGCCAUUCAGGCCUUGGAUGGUCAGGAUCUUCAUGGUCGGAGAAUUCGGGUGAAUUAUGCUACAGAAAGGGCACGCCCAGGGUUUGGUGGUGGUGGAGGUGGCUAUGCUAGCGGUGGUGGGUAUGGUGGUGGUGGUGGAGGUGGCUAUGGUGGAGGUGGAUAUGGUGACAGCAGGGGUGGAAGCUAUGGUGGUGAUAGUUAUGGAGGAAACAACAGCAGGGGUGGAAGCUAUGGAGGUGGUGGUUAUGGUGUUACAGGAAGCUACGGCGGUGGCAAUGCUGAAACUAGUUACACUGGUAGUGCUGGUGCUAGUAAUUACCAAUUUGGUGGAAAUUCUGGUGGAGAUCUUGGCUCAGCUAGUGGUGAAUUUGGAAGCAGCCAAAAUGAAGGAACGGGUGCAGCAGACAAUUAUGAAUUCAAUGAGCCACUUGAAGACAAUGUGAGGGGGAACAGUGAUGAACCUGAUGACUAUGCUCAGACCCGCAGGAGUUGAACUUCAUUUAGAAUAAUUUUAUUGCUGAUCUAGAUUCAGUAUCUGGAAUGGUAAAUGAAUAUACAAAGUUAAAUAGUUCAUAACAUCAAAUGAUAUUAAGAAUGGGAAAGCUGGAGUUAAGACAAACAACAAUUCCAGGGAAAUACAGGAUGCAAAGUUGUCUUGCCCACGAAGGACAUUUAUUGAAGUUGUUUACUUUUUCAAAUUCCUCAUCCAAGGACAUUCUUAGUUUGUUAUUCAAUGGGAAAUGGUUUUUUUAGGUGCUUC